AUGUCGAGUAAUAUGUAUCCAGCUUAUGCUGCAGGUGUCGUGGACUGCACAGUUCCUCCAAGCCUCGCCAGAGCCGGUGGCAUGGGGGAACAAGCCACGAGAGCAUUUGCCGCAGCAGGCGCAUAUGUUACCUUCGGCGAUUUGAAUGAGACAUCGGGGCUCUUACUCCAAAGCGAAUUGCGACCUAACGCGCAAUUUGUGAAAUGCGACGUGACCGACUUCGAAUCUCAAAAGAGACUGUUCAAAGCGGCGAAACAGAACUCCCCGAGCAAAACGGUCGAUAUCGCGAUUGCCAACGCCGGUAUCUCCGGAACUGACCCAAUUUUAAAAGGCGAAGAUACUGGAGGCGAGCCCAGCGCUCCUGACCUCACGAUCUUGAACGUCAAUGUCGUCGGUGUUGCCUAUACCUGUAAACUUGCCAGGUUCUACUUUUUGCAGCAUGAGCUUACAUCAGGCCGUGAUCGGUGUUUGAUUGUGCUGUCUAGCGCAGCUGCCUACGCGGAUGUUCCUGGGCGGCUUGUAUACAUGAUGUCUAAGUUCGCCGUACGAGGAGCAAUGAGGGCUCUGCGCCGGGGAACAGUCCACGAUGGGAUUCGCGCUUGUGCUCUUGCACCAUGGUUUGUGGAGACGAACUUUGUCUCCAAGGAAGUCAUACAAUUCCUCCACUCGAAGGGGGUCAAAUUUGCAAAUGCUAAGGAUGCGGCGGAUGCAAUGCUUCAUAUCGCCUCCGACAAAUCUAUAAAUGGAAGAUGCUUUGCAGUGGUCAAUCGUGAGGAGGCGCCACUAGGGUAUUAUGACAUGGAUUUAGAUGACUUUACCGACGGCUCGAAGGCAGGGGAGCAACAAUACCAGUUCCUCACCAUUUCCCAUGCAGCUUAG